AUGGCAGCCAGGUUCACCGCCGGCGUCGUCCCACGAUUACGCAGCGCCGCACGCAGCGCCUGGGUGCCCGCUCUGCGGCCGUCCGUCGCGUCCUCGCGCAACCUGCACAAUGUGCCUCCUCGCCUCGACAAGCCCGGCAAGUACGCUCGCACCGACUCCGAAAUCGAGGUCGAGCAUCCCGCCGAGCACGACCUGCCUUCCAGCAAGCCCGUCCUGGGCACCGGCGGACAGUUUGUCAAGCCCACCCUUCCCAGCUUCUCGCUCGACGGCCGGGUCGGCGUCGUCACGGGCGGUGCUCGGGGGCUGGGGCUCGUCAUGGCCCAGGGAAUGGUCUUUUCUGGGGCCGACGUGGCCCUCGUCGACAUGAACAAGGAGGAGGCUCAGAAACAGACUCGGUUGCUCACCGAGGCCUUUCACCGUGAUAACCCCAGCGCCCAACGCAUUCCCAACGUCACGGCCCACUACGCCGAUGUCUCUGACCCCGAGUCUGUCGAAUCCUGCGUCGCCCAGAUCGUUGAGCAGCACGGCAAAAUCGACAACCUCGUCACCUCUGCCGGCUUCGCUGAGAACUUUGAAGCCGUCAACUACCCCAUUGAUCGUAUGCGCAAGCUGUGGGCCGUCAACGUCGACGGUACCUACCUCUUUGCCACCUCCAUUGCUCGGCACUUAAUGGCACGCAAAGCCCCCGGUAGCAUCGUCAUGAUUGGCAGCAUGUCUGGUGCCAUUGUCAACGUCCCCCAGCCUCAGGCCCCGUACAACGCCGCCAAGGCCGGUAUUCGUCACUUGGCCGCCUCACUGGCUGUGGAAUGGGCUCACGCUGGCAUUCGGGUCAACUGCAUCUCCCCCGGGUACAUGAUGACUGCGCUCACCGAGAAAAUCCUGGAUGAAAAAGCCGAUCUCAAGCAGAAGUGGGUGUCUCUCAUCCCUCAGGGCAAGAUGGGUCAACCCGAAGACCUUAUGGGUCCAGCGACCUUUUUGCUGUCUGAUGCCAGCAGCUAUGUCACUGGCGCAGAUCUUCGUGUCGACGGUGGAUAUACCGUCACCUAA